AUGACUAGACCGGAGACGUCCAGUCGCAGUCCGGUGAGGGAUGGUCGUGAAUCUCGGUACGGCAAACCGCAUCACCAUGUCGAACACGCCGGGAAUAGGGGUGUGCGGAUCUUCACCGGCAACGAGAAGCAAUCGAAGGUGUACUGCAACCCAGUUAUAUUCGACCAGGAUGCUAUCAGUGUGAAGCCGUAUCAGGAGAACGACUGGGGGAACAACGACACGACAGCGAAUCGUGCGGCGGAACGGAUCGUGAAUGGAUCGAACCGGGAUAGUGAUACCGGAAGCCGAGACGUGCGCCAGUCGGUGUUGGAGAACGCUCUCAACAUUGCGUUUUUGGCGGCUAAUUCGAAUCAGCUACGAUUGCUUGGAUCCAGCAAUGCCGAACGACAGGACACCACGACGUAUCAGGCGAUCUUGGGGUUGGUGAUCGUGUCACUCAUUCUGCAGAUUUUGAACUGCGUUGCCAUGCUACUGAUGUCGACGCACACCAGUCAGCGAUGGCCGCUUUUGAGGACCCUGGCCUGCAUCGUUGCUACCGUUAUAGCGCUGCUCAAUCUAUCCGUCGUGACCUUGCUCAAUGUGCUGCUAGAAUCGACGUAG